AUGAAUUCAAACGUCGUAGUCAAGGAGCUGGGGGCAAGAAGGCCGGCCGACGCUUCUAGCCAGUCCUCUGCGAGCAAAUCACAGCCAAUCUCGGCUUUCGGGAGUUCGAAGGCCACAAAAGAAGAGCCUCCUAGCGGUCUCGGCGGUCCCGAUGACAAUAAAGAUGGCCGAGAUCCAAACUACCAGAUAUUGGGAGGGAGGCCUACCAUGCUUCUAAAAUCGGCCGAGUAUGCUCGAUAUCGACAUGAGUACUUCGACGGUUUCAGAAUUGCUAGAAUCCUAUUUUUAUUAUCGAAAAGAGAGCCAAGAGUUGGUUCUAGGAGGACAAUACCGAGGCCCCGAAGAUCCAUUGUAACUGCUGCUCGCCAUGAGGUCCUGCUCUCUUGGACAGCUCGUGAUCGAGUCUUGCGUGUACAGUGGGAUCUGCUUCAUGCCCUGACGACAGUCGCUGCCAAUACGGCAUCACUGGUAGAUACCACAGGCUACAUGGCCCAGGCACAGAACGAAUCAUCUCGAAGUGGCAGAACAACUGGGCGGCUCAAUCAAUAUCGCCCUAACAAGAGGAAGAAAGCUCAGCGUAACGAUGAGCAGGACGACGACUCCGAAGACGACCCUGAUACUCGAGAUUUUGGACCGCCAGAGCUCCUGAUUAUAUAUCCAUGUUGUUGGUACGAUCGUGAGACAUUCUCGUGGCGCAAUAGGCUACAAAAAGAAUAUCGCAAUUGUGAAGCAGUGGAGCUUCAUAAUAUUGCCAGGUUGAAACAGCAUCUCGGGAGAGUGCACAAGCGGCCCGGCACUACUGCGGGAAGUGCUUUCCCGUCCUCAACAGCCAAGAAGAAAUCGCCAUCCGUUCAAGACAAGAGCCAUCUUGUUCAGUCAUCCACCAUGAGAAAUUCACGAAGGUGA